UGCAUCAAAAGUUGGUUUGCCAGCCGCCAUAAAAAGUCAGAAGAAGAAGAAGAAGAAAAGAAAAGAAACAAAACAACCUGCAAACCAAACACUGCGUCUCCGGUUCACUCUGUCAUUUAAAGGUGAAUUGUGUGUAAUCUCUGCAGGAAUGGAGCACAGUUGUGUCCUUGUGCAAGUCCUGAUCUUCCUCAUGAUGACUUUUCCUCAGGCAUCUGCAGCCACACACUCUCUGCAGUACAGCUACACUGCACUCACACCAGGAAUACAUUUCCCAGAGUUCACUGCUGUUGGUCUGGUGGAUGGAGAACAGUUUGUGUCCUAUGACAGUAACAUGAGGAAGAUGAUCCCAAAGACAGAGUGGAUACAGAAUAUCAGCACUGAUAGUCCAGAUUACUGGAACAGAGAGACACAGGACAUACAGAGUGAUCAGGAGAAAGUCCAUCAGCUCCUGGUUACAGUAAUGAAAGACUUUAAUCACACUGAAGGAGUUCACACACUCCAGAGGAUGUACAGCUGUGAGCUCCAUGAUGACGGCGCUGUCAGAGGAUUCGAUCAGUUCGGUUAUGAUGGAGAAGAUUUCAUCAGUCUGGAUCUGAAAACUGGAACCUGGACUGCAGCUAAACCACAAGCUGAGAUCAUCAGGAACCAGUUUAAUAAUGAUACUGGUUUUACUGUGGACCAGAAAAACUACCUGGAGAACGAGUGUAUCAACUGGUUAAAGAAGUUUGUGUCUUAUGGCAGAGAGACUCUGGAGAGGAAAGUUCGUCCUGAGGCAUCAGUGUUCCAGGAGUACUAUUUUUCACCAGAGGUGGUGUGUCACGCUACAGGUUUCUUCCCUAAAGCAGUGAUGAUCUCCUGGAGGAAGGACGGAGAGGACGUGCAUGAGGACGUGGAGCUCAGAGAGACGUUACCCAACCAGGAUGGAAGCUUCCAGAAGAGAAGCAUUCUGCAAGUCCCUUAUGAGGAGCUGGAGGAACACAACUACACCUGUGUCAUUCAGCACAGCAGCUUGGAGGAGGAGUUAGUGCUGCCCAUGGACAUAAUCGAGCCUCAAAUCAUAUCGUGUUAUUUUGGAGACUAUGAUGAAGAUUUGGGUGGAUUAUCACGUGGUGGAAAGAUUGCUAUCAUUAUUGGUGUAGUUGUGGUUCUUGUUGCCAGUGUUGCAGGAUUUCUCAUCUGGAAGAAGAGCAAGAUGUCUGACUUGUUCAAACACGUUCCACUCAGCUCCAAUGCCUGAGACGUGUCCUACAAAUAGAUGAGGAGAACUUGGCCCUUCUACUCGGCUGCGGACCUGGCUCAUCCUUUCUGUUUGGCUGUGGACGUCGCCCUUCUUUUCUGCUUGGCUGUGGACGUCGCUCAGCCCUUCUGCUCGGCUGUGGACGUCGCUCGGCCCUCUCUGGCUGCCCGCUGUGUGGAAUCCACAGCACAGAAUCCUUGUCGUUAUUUGUCACAUCUUUGUCAUGUCCUUGUGCCUGUUUUGUAUUUUUUAAGUUAUUAAACCUGUUCAUUUUUACGCUA